AUUAUUGCUUCGGGCGCAGCAGCUGAGUUGGCUAAAGCCGAUCUACUCCAGGGGGAGACAAUUAAUUGCUGGACAGAGUUGAACUCCGCGGUUUCCAGUAGCGGGUCUUCCAUGCAUCUCACCACCACUAACACCACUGACUCUGCCUCCUCCAGUAUCUCUGCUGCAAUACAUGCUUUCAACUCAAAUAUACAUCCAUUGCUCGCCUUCCCCAGUUUAGUAGCCUAUCCGCGCAAGGCAAUUCUUUGUACACGACAUUUAAUCGCUGUUGCUCAUCUUGAGGUGCUCUCGGCCAUGUCUUUCUCAAAUGGCACUGGCUUUGAAGCUACAGUAUCAGGCAAGAGCAAUUCUCAGACUGCCGAUUCUGAGUCACAGCACUUGCUGCGUGCACUGGAGAUGUGCUCGCGCGCCACCGAACAACUUCGCCAGGCCAGUCGGCGUCUGCGGCGCGUUGAAGAGCGUCUGGCUCGACGUCGCGAAGCUGCCAUUGGUCGGCGGAAAGGCAAGGCCGUUCGAAGGAAACGCGGUAGACCGACAGAGGCUAGCGAAAGUCAUGGACCAGAUGCUCCUGAGACUGAUCGAGAGAUAGAGGCUUCUGUCACGGAGGCGGAAACAGUGGCAGCUUCCGCUGCUGCUGAAGCAGCUACUGCUACAACCCGCAGCUGGUCAAGCCUUUGGUUUGCGGCACUUGCGCGUGUGAAAGCGGGUCUUGCAUCAGCCGAAUAUGCUAUUCACGGGGAUGCUGCUAUUCGCAUAAGAAAAGAGGUUACUUCACAUUAA